AUGCUUCGCCAAACCGCCCUCAGAGCUGUUCGCUUUCAAUCCACUGUUGCUAAGGCUGCUCCAAGACCAUUGUCCAACGCAUAUGUUAACAACUUAGAGACCAGAUGGGAGAAGUUGCCAAAAGAAGACCAGACUGCCUUGAUAGAGGAAUUGAAGUCCAGACAAGAGUUGCCAUGGCAAGAGUUGACCGCAGCCGAAAAGAAGGCUGCCUACUACAUUUCCUUUGGUGAAUGGGGUCCAAGAAAGCCAUUGUACCUUCCAGGCGAGAAGAACAAGAUCUUCUGGGGUACCGUUGGUGGUAUGUUCGCUGGUGUCGCCUUGUUUGCUGUCAUUAGAUCAUUCGCUCCAGAGAGGCCAGAGACUUUCGACAGAUCAUGGCAAGAGAAGUCCGACGAGUACUUGAAGUCCAAGAACUCCAACCCAUUCACUGGCUACUCCCAGAUCCAGUAA